AUGGUUCACUAUGCACGGUGUAGGAAUGAGAGGCGCGGUGGAGGAGAGGGUAGGGGGGAAUUUUUCAUUUGGCACGUGGAUUGUGAUGUUGGCAUCCUUUUAUCAUUGGCUACGGACUUUUCUUGCUUUUUUUGGGGGUUUUUUGGAACCGUCAGUAGUCCUCAAAAGUUUGGUAUAGUAGUGGAUGCUGGGUCAACUCACAGUGACAUGUAUGUCUUUACCUGGAGGGGAGAUAUGCCUCUUGGAACAGCUGAUGUGGAACUUCUUCAUCAGUGCUUUCUUUCAGGUGGUGUAAACAGUCUUGCAGUGCAUGGUAAAGACAUUGCUAGUUACUUUGGGUCUUGCAUUGCAGAAGUUGAAAAUUACGUACCUAAAUCUCAUCGCCCUUAUACUCCACUUUAUGUUCGAGCUACUGCUGGAAUGAGAAUACUGAAAACUUUUGAUCCAGAGAGAGCUAAAGCAGUGCUCUCCUUGAUAAAAGAUUAUUUUAAUACAAGCACAACCUUCAAAGUGGAACACAAUAGUGUGGAAAUUCUUCCAAGCACAGAAGAAGGCUUAAGUGGCUGGAUUGUUGUCAAUUAUUUGAUUAAUCACUUGAAACAGGUACUGUAUAUGGAUUUAAUAGAAACAUGUACUUGUUUAUUUACAUUUUAUCUUUUUCCAUAUAGGGUCCACAGUCAGUCUUUUCUCUGUUAUGGAAUUGCACAAGCCCGACUACGGCAUAAUUUUCUUCUACUUAAGGAGACUGGAGCUAAUGUUAAACAAGUGGGAGCCGUAUCACCGAAUGCAACUAUUGAUCCAUGCUUAGCAAAGGGUACUUCCUAUGAUGUAUUAGCAUCAGAUCUUAAUGGACCUUGCACACUCACAGAUCAUUCCAAGCCUCUUCUAUCAGCAAUCAUGAAUGUCAAUCACAAAAAACUUAAAAUGAUCUUCAAGAAUUAUCAGAGGAAUAAUGAUAAAACUAUUUCUCACACAGAAAAGGUUGCUUUAACAAAAGAUGAUAAAAACAUUAAAGUGUCAAGUUCCUUUAAAUUCCAAGGCUCCAGCGAUGCUUCUAAGUGUGAGGAGAAGAUAAGACGCUUGUUCAACCACCAGUUAUGCAAAGAGACUUUCACAUAUGGUGACUGCAUGGGUGCACACUCAGUACCCUCAGUCAACCAUACAAUUAUUGCAUUUUCUGGUCUGUUUGAUCAUCUAAUGGUGCUUCUUGACGUGAGCACAAAUUUCACAUUCAACCAGUACAAGGAGAAGGUACAUGGUGUAUGCUCUCUGGAAGCCAACACACUAAAUGCUGCUUACCCAGGACUGAAGGAGGUGGUAGAUGAUCUUUGUUUCGAUGCCAUGUUUAUCUUCACUGUUCUCACUACUGGACUAGGAAUUGACAACUCAUCCUGGGGAAAUGUUUACUUUAGUGAUGAGUUAAACAAGAGAGCUGUGGUGUGGCCACAUGGCUUCAUGCUGAACCAAACUUCUAAUUUUGUCCCGGAGACUACAAGCCAUCCACUGACACUUGCUACAUUCACUCUGCUGGUACUUCUCUUCUUAGCCUUUGUCACCAGUGGCAUUCUCUUCCUCCGACACACACUCAAGAUAAAGAGGCAUAGUGCUUCUUACCAAAGGGUUAUUGCCGACCACAUUGAUCACCAACUUCAUACAUUUAUAUGACUGAAAAUUUUCUUGGGUAAUUUAUCCUUUGAUAGCUGAACAAGAAACAUUUGCAAUAUGAUGAAUUGAGAAAUAAAUGGACUCGUUUCACAUUGAUUUAUUUUAUUAGAUUGCGUGUGCAAAAUACAGUGUGGACAAGAAUCACAUAAUUAUUAUUAUUAUGUACUCUACUGUAUUAUAUUGUACUCUACUGUGCUGUACUGUACUGUACUGCACUGUACUAUACUGUACUACACUGUACUAGACUGUACUGUACUAUACUAUUUUUACUGUAUUGUACUCUACUAUACUGUACUGUAUUAUACUGUUCUGUAUUAUACUGCUCUGUAAUACACUGAUACUGAAUUAUACUGUAUUGUACUGUACUGUAUUAUACUGUAUUAUACUGUACUAUAUUGUAUUAUACUGUACUAUACUGUACUGUACUUUCCUGUAUUAUACUGUACUGUGUUAUUCUGUAGUGUAUUGUACUGUACUGUAUUAUACUGUACUGUGUUAUUCUGUAGUGUAUUGUACUGUACUGUAUUAUACUGUACUGUCAGGGCCUGAUUUAGACCUUGGGGGUCCUGGGGCACUUUAGGUUUGGGGGGGCCCUCAGCAUGGAAAUUAAAUUGAAUUACAAAUAAGAAAUGAACUAAAAUUAAUGAUGAACAGCAGUUUUUGAAAAAAAAAUAUGUUAGGUUUCAAAGAAGACGUCUGAUUUUAUUUUUCUCAAUUUUAUUGGCUUUAAGAAUAACUUUGACUAUAAUUUUCAGUUUGAAAUAUAUUCCAUCUACACUAUAUAAUAAUUACCGAUGUGUAUUUAUUUAUAUCUUUGGUGUCAUGCUUUCAAUAUCUAUCUAUAUAUAUAUUUUUUAUAUAAUAAUUUGCUAAUGGGCCGGCCGGCCAACUGACCAACUAGACAUAUAAGUUAAAAUGGUGUAAUUUAUAAAAGGAAGAAAUCAAAACUGUCUAACUUCAAGAAGGAAACUGAUUCAA